GGUAACAGUUAGGAAAUGAGGAAAAAUCAAUCGGAAUCCCAAAGAGAAACUCGUUAGUGGCUUUCAAGUGUCUAGGUUUCGGGGCAAGAAAAAAAAAAAAAGUAGUAGUAGUGAUAGUGGUAGAUGGGGACUCUGCAAGCGUCCCAAGUGGCAUUUGCAUCGACUUGUUCAUCUUCAUCUCCACCUGCGCCUAAAACCUUAUCCACAUGCAAAUCAUUGGCUGUGAAUCUCAAGUUGAACAAAGUCCGCAGUUUGAUGAGUCUCCAGAGGAGGAAGAGUAGUGGUGGAGUUGUGGUUGUUGUUGGGGUCGGGAAGGAAGACACGCAACAAGUUGGCAUUGAUGAAGAUGAUGCUUCAUCACCAACCAUCCAACAAGAAGAAAACGAGGACCUCCAAUGGGUUCGCCAAAUCCAAAGGGUUUUGGAACUUCUAAGGAAAAACCGGGAUAUGUUAUUCAGCGAGGUUAAACUGACCGUGAUGAUAGAGGACCCCAGAGAAGUUGAGAGAAGGAGAUUGCUCGGGAUUGAAGAUCCUGAUUCCCCUACCAGGGAUGAUCUUGUCGACGCUCUGGAACAAGUCAAUGAAGGGAAGAUACCCACAAAUCGUGUCGCUCUCAGGAUGCUAGCUGAGGAAAUGAGCAACUGGCCUAAUUUAGAGGUUGAAGCGCCAAAGAAAAAACGUAGAAAAUCCCUAUAUGCAAAGGCGACAGACACCGGCAUUGAUCCUAAAGAGGCUGCUAAGAGACUGAAUAUUGAUUGGGAUUCUGCUGCUGAAAUUGAAGAUGCUGACAUUAGCGAUGAAACAGAAGUGCCCCCUGCAGUGGUUUGCUUUUUUAUCCCUGAUUUUAAUAUUCUAACAAUUAUUUUCUUUACAGGUCAAUUUGAUAUCAGUUUCUGCAUCUGUUCUUUUUUGAAUGGUUGGCUUUUUGCGAUGAAGCUUGCCUUAUUGAGGCACUAAUGCUUAAAUAAAACAAAAAUGGUUAAUAGACUUUGAUGACUUAAUUUCACACCCUGGGUUUAUGGUUGUAUUAUUCAUUUCAGAGUUGCACAAUUGCUAUGCCUGCUUAAUUUGCCUUUUGGAAUAUGACUGCCCAUAGAAGUGCAUUUUGUUGUAAGUGUGGCAUAAAUUUUAGCUUUGUUUUCACCGCUGGCAAUAGGAGUGCAGGUACCUAAUUGCUUGACUGUGUGUAUGUUGUUUAGUGAAUUGCAUUAUUGCAUUAGACAUAUCAAUGUAGCACAUGAAUGGUUUUGACACCUCACAUGCAAAAUAUGUUUUUAAAUUCCGAAUUGGCUUAAAGUUCUGUUAGGAAGGAUCAUGUCGGAUAUGUAUAUUGUACCAUCAUUAUUUCAAUAAGGAAUGCAUAAAAAUCCUAGUAAGUUAAUUGAGAUAAUAAAAGUUGUUGGGAGCAAGAGCUAAACUGCAAUUUGUCUCAGAUCUUUGCGGGUGAAAUUUUUUCUUCCUACAUCAGUGCUCAUAGAGAACAUGUUCUAAAACCUAUAUAUUAUCCUGUUCUUAGUUUUUAAUUUUCUUUCCUUUUUGUUCUUGAUUAAUUAUUGUCUUGAAUUGGUUAAUCUAACUUCCGAAGAGUUUACUGUGGUUUUUUGUUGUUAUUUUUUUCUUGAAUUGGGUAAUUUAAUUUCUAAGGAGGUUACUGUGGGUAUCUUUCUGCUGUGUUUUGGUUUGAAUUAGGAUCAAAAUCUCAAAGCAUUUCUUGUGAUGGAUGCAUAGUCAGUCUACCAUUUACUUUGAAAUUUGUUUUCUGCGUUUCUAAGAUUCAAAAAGGAUGAUUCUUUUGCAGGGUUAUGGGGCACUGUACUUGGUCACUGCUUUUCCAGUUAUCAUUGGUAUAUCUGUAGUGUUGAUAUUAUUUUAUAAUUCUCUCCAGUAGAAAUUUUGGACAUGCUUUGUAGCUUGAAUGUAUAACCUCUAUUUUAUUUGCUUUCCUAUGUUGAGAUGCCUUGUGCAAUUCAAAUUGUUACAUGAUACACCAACAGCCACCAGAACAUUUGAGAAGCCAAGCUCUUUUGGAUGAGGCGAUGUUGCUUUGUUCACCAUUUGCCACGUCUCUAACACAGAAAAGCCGUUCCUCCGUGGCAUGCUUGCAUGAACGAAUUUGAUGCAUUACUGCAAGAAAAUUGACAAUUUUAUUAAAGGUUGAUCCGUUUGUGCCCACGCAAGCGCUUGCGAUGUUUAAAAAGUAGGAGUUUGCAGUGGUGCAAUGUGGCAAAAGACCAAUAGUAGACGACAAUGUACCAAAAAAUCAGAUCUUGUCAGAAGUAAAGCAGCAACGGUGGUGGACAAACGUGUUUCGAGGACCGUUUCCAAGGAAAAGUUUGGAUCCAACUGCUGGGCUGGGCUUCGUAGGCCUAAAUGCCCGGGUGUUUUUCUACUUAGUAAGUAACAAAGACAAACCAACAAUCAAUAUAAAGUUGGAUUUUACUCGCCGCGUAUGUAAUGAUACUCGCUUACAGCGAAACUCGGGAAUCUUUAUUGAUGCAAAAUCUCUUCAUUAAAACUGAGACAAAAUCUUUAUUGCCAUGUGUAAGUAAUGUAUAUUUUUCCCUAUUCAAUUGCGUACGCAAUACUAAUACUUCUGGAUCCAAUAACCUUUUAUAUUAAAAAAAAAUAACACUCUGAAGAUAUAGAAAGAGUUCACCUGUGCUAGAAUCAUUCCAACAUUUUUACUGCUUUGAUAUGAACUCACUAACUAAAAAAAAUGCUUGUCAAAAAAUGGGCAAUAAC